AUGGCGACGUCGCCUGCUUCUAAGCUACGCCGGGUUCGUGACCCCAUCGCCUCAUCGCGGCGUCCCAAGCAGACGCAACGCAGCGAAGCAACGGGUGAUAUAGACGAAGGAACACGUUGCAUAUUUGCUCCGGGGCAGAUGGCUGCAUCUCCGAACGGACUCGUCGGGAGCUGGGAGCGCAACCGAGGUCUGGCAAAACAACAACAACAACAACAACAACAACAACAACAACAACAACAACAACAACAACAACAACAACAACAACAACAACAACAACAACAACAAAAACAGCAACAACAACAAAAUCUUGAUCAUGUGGCUACUCCAACUGCCCCGAGAGCAGCCGAACGAUUCGGUAUGCAGGCAGACACGCUUCCGACAGGUUCGUACCCUUUCGGAUCUCCACCGGAGCAGCAGCAGCAGCAGCAAGCAGCAGCCAGAGAACCCGGUCGAGCACGCAGCAAAGGAGGGCACACCGCCGGUGGCUUCGAAAAGGGUGCGCGCAAUCGAUCUCGGCGGGUGUCGUACACGCAGUAG